AUGAGUGGAAGUCUAUCGAUAUGUGCUAUUCCGGAAGAAUUAAAGAUGAGACUGAAGAAAUUUCGUUUUUCAAAAAGUAAAAAUAUCAAUGCAUUAAUUUUGAAAGUUAACCGUGAAACACAAAAUAUAUUUGUUGAAGAGGAAUUUGAGGAUUGUGAUAUUGAUGAAAUAAAAAAUGAACUACCUGUUCAACAGCCACGUUUCUUACUCAUCAGUUAUCCAAUGAAAUCAAAUGACGGGAGAGAAACAUUCCCUAUGUGUUUGAUUUAUUAUUCUCCUGACUCUUGUAAUCCAGAAACUCAGAUGCUUUAUGCUGGGACAAGAAAUACAUUAGUAUCUGAGUGUGAAUUAACAAAGAAUUUUGAACUUAGAGAAUUAGAAGAUUUUUCAAAUGAAUGGCUUGAAUCACAUUUAAAAUAA